AUGGCCCCCUUCAAAGUAGGCAAAAAUUGCAGAACUGAAAAAUGUACAAAGAACCUUCACAGCUCAUAUAAACUCAAUCAGAAAUUAAAGAUUUAUAUAGUCUUCCUGUAUUGGUGCGUUAAAUCAUUUUCUAAUUAUCUAGUACCUCGGUCAGGUCCACCCAAUCCCGACACGUUACCUGAAGAUGGUAAACUCAAGUCCGAGACUAUGGUGAAAGACAACAGACGAUACUACCUAGACCUCAAAGAAAAUUCAAGAGGGCGCUUCCUAAGGGUAUCACAAACAAUAGCAAGGGGUGGGCCCCGGUGUCAGAUUGCUAUUCCAGCCCAAGGCAUGAUAGAAUUCCGUGAUGCUCUACAGGAGCUACUCGAUGAAUUUGGUACAGAUGAUGGUGGCUACAAAGGGGAAUUACCAGAAGGACGACAUAUGCGAGUAGAAAACAAGAAUUUUUAUUUUGACAUAGGCCAAAAUAACCGAGGAAUCUAUAUGCGUAUAUCUGAGGUUAAGACUAACUUCAGGACAGCCAUUACCAUCCCAGAAAAAUCAUGGUCACGGUUUCGAGACAUAUUUGCUGAUUAUGUAGACAAAAUGAAGGAUGGUGGAGAGAAGGGCCCUAGUGAGAGUAAUAAAUGAGUUGUGUGGCAGUGUUAGGUAUGCUAAAAGAUUGACUGGUGACAGGCAGGUGUGGGGAUAGUGCCGUGUUGUGGCAGUCAUUAAGUGGUCACACUAGUGCUGAGAGAUCAUACUGUUGCCACCUACCCUCAGGAGGACCCCGUUGUUACUCCAGCACAUGUGUUGGCUGCCAUUCCCACCACAAACUGCCAAUUUACUCCCAGUCUACUUUUGUAUAAAGUGUAAAGAGAAGUCUAUAACCAGAGUCGUUUAUUGUAUAGCUUAUGAACCAAUUACAGAUACCAGUGAGAACAAGAAAUCUGUUGCUUCUGUUUGGAGAAGGAAAGGAAAUAUGCCCUUGGUAGACUUCCAGAGCUAUAGAAAAUGGAAUUAUAGACAGACAAGUGAUAAAUAUAAUUCUACAAGACGUACUGUCAUUGGCAGCAUUGUAACUUGCUGAUGUGGGAAUUACAAUAACCGAUUGCCUGUGUGUGUAGCAUUUAAAGAACUCGCUGUGAUAUAUAUCACACAACUGUGAGUGAAUCGUUGAAUAGAAAGCUUGGUGAACCCAGUAUAGAGAAAUUCUACAGGACUCAACAUAGACAUGGCUCACAGCAGAUAACAUAAACAGUAAUUGUUCAGAAAAUUGUGGUAAAUAAUUGAACUAUUGUUACUGUUGUGAGAGGCCAUACUAGGCCAGUGCCCAUUAAGCAGUGUGGUGGAGUUGAGCCUUGGAGUGGUGCACUGCUGCCCAGUCCACACACCUACCAUGCACCCUCUGCAUGACUACUUGCAAGGUAUGGUUUAUACCAGCAGAUCAAGAUGACAGCAAUAUGGAACUAACAGGAAUCACAUAAACUCAUGAGUGUAAGGAGGUUAUGAUGGGUGUGUGGUGGUGGGCAGCAGUUGUGUGCCGCCGUCCCGAUGCGGACUGACCUCACCAGCCACUGCCACCAGUUGUCAUGUUGUCUUUCAUUGCCACUACCCAACUUAGCAGCAGAUGUACCAGCAGGAGCAAGAGCAACAACCAUGGAGCUAGUUCAAGAAGUGGGGACAGUACGGUUUGUGCCGUCAGCAAGUCAGAUCAACAUUGUCGGCAGAUACGUGAAGCCAGGAAUAGACUGUACAUCAUACACGUGUAAUAGCAUCAUGGUGCCCAAGUUAAGUGGCAGAGUACCGUCCUGUCCCCCUGUUGCCUGCCUGCCUUGAUGGAUUGCCCUCUAGCCUCCAUGGGUUCCCACCCAACUCGCCAACAGUGCCAUCAGCAGAGCCUCAGGACCUGUCCUCUUGUUCCUUAUAAAUCUGAAAAAUAAUUGACAAGCUUUUGGAAAGAAGUAACAUGAACAACAUAAAGACUUGACUGUUUUGGUCAGGAAUGGUGCUGGCCAUUGAUAGGGUUUGUGAUGCCUUCACUGUUAGCUUCUGCUGGUAUUGCCAGUGGACCAAUAGGUCAGGUAGGACAGUGCUCGAGGCUGUGGCUAGGCACCAUCAAAAUUCACCGACUUUCCCCAUCUACGAAGACUGAAACCUCAAGUCAGGACACAUCACACUUUGUUUACUUACUUUGUAAAAUGAUUUGCUAUAGAUAGAGACUUCAUUAGUAUGUGAAUUAUCUUGCUGUAAAAUCAUGUCAUGCUUCUUCUAAGUGCAGAGUUUGGGAUGUCAGUGGUGGACCAUACGCUUCAUGAAACAUAAAGUGUUGGACAACAAAUUCAAACUUCCUCAUCCUUCAUAUCAUGGCUUAUCUUGUGGACCGUGGUAAGGUAUUAUUUGCUGGUGUAUUUGGAAGAAGCACGACAGGAAAACAUGCAAGAAUGAUUGACACAGCUUUAAUAGUAACAGAGUAGGAAGAAAUGGGAGUUUACAUACAUCUAUAAUUGAUACUGAGAGUUUUUUUGUGAAAAAGAUUUAUGUAACUAAUCAUGUUAUUUAUAUGAAUGAACACUUUCUACAUAAAACUGUAAAAACUGUUUGGUAGGGUUUUGGCCAUGUGUAUUGAGCUGGUAAUAAUGUGUGAUCCCCAGACCAGGCCUGAUCACUCAUCCUCACCACCAUGUUUCUGUUCCACCUGUAUAUACAAUCAGUCCUGGGCAUUUUGCCCCCCAUACAUUUCUUUUUUGCUGAUUUUUCAUGAGCAUCCUAGACUGGUCUGCAGUCUUGUGUGUGUGUGCGCGCGCUUAUUUUUUUUGUUUCCAGAGGUAUCAUGUUAUCUGUAUUUCACGAUUUUUGUUGGAUAAAGGAUGUGUAGUUGAUAGGUUUGUGUAUUAGAGUACUCAGAAGCAUUGGUUUUUUUUUUUAUACAAAGUGUGUAGAAGUAAGGAGGGCAAGACAUAAACUGUAGUGCAGACCAAUCUAAGGAGUGCACAAUGGCUCUGGCUUGUCUCGGUGGCCCAGUGCUGGCUGAUGGCAUUGGAUCUCUGCUUAUGGCAGGAGUAUAAUUGUUUUUAUGUUAAUAUUAGAUUUAAAAUUUUCAUUAAUUUGUAAUGCCGUAUUGGUUUUCCUUAUUGAGUAUUGUGCCUGUUUCCCUCCAUGUUGCUCAUCUGCAGUUGAAUGCAAGAUAAGAGCAACUGACAUCUAGCAGUUUUAUAAAAAAAAAUUCUUUGAAAAUUGGAAAUGUUUAUUUUUUAAAUUAUUUGUGUAUGAAGGAAACAUAAUUAUGUAUGAAAAUACAUAUAUAUGUGAAUUUGUUGUUAUAUUUUAGUGGAAAAAAUCAACAAUGGGUGACAUUGUGUGCUGACAUGAGGCAAGUAUAGCUGUUAGCCAGCAUCUGUGUCCUGGCCAGGCUUGUAGGCGCCCUUCUACCAAGCACACCCACAUGGGUAGUGUGAGCUUGGCAUAGCCACUUUUGUGACUAAGGCAAAAUUUCUUAUCAGUUUUUGGUGUGCUGUAUGUAAUGGGAUUUUCUAUACUGGAAAUUUGUAGAAAAAAAAGUGGUUGGACGUUUAUUGGCAGAUUGUGGGAAAAUAGAAAGGUGUGGAAUGUAAACUCGGCAUGGAACGUGCUUGAGCAUACAGUAACUUCAUGCUCCUAUGCGUUUAACAUGCUAGUAGAAGAAAGGCUGCAGGUGGAGGCAGGAACUGUUUACAUCUAGAGCUAGCACCAUUACUGUAGCAGGAUUAAGGUAAAUGGAGUAGGAAAGUGGGUGACUGUUAUAGCCAAGGGUUAUUUACUAGGUGGAGAAUGAAUGGGAGCCUCAAGCUACUGAUGCAGGCAAGCAUUUCCGUACGUAUUUGUGUGUCCAUGUCUGUUGCUCCAUGUUGACCAUCCCCGAGUAGGAUACUUCAAUCUGUGUUACCAAACAGUGAUGAAUAGAAGCCUUCAUUGUUUGUGUUUUCAAGCCAAUUCACUGCCAUUUUUUGUCGUAUCAUGGUGAUGGAAUUGAAGAAGUAUAAACAGUCCAGGGUGUUGGCUCACUGUGUGAGUGGAGUUCAGCUGUGAAAGUGAUUUUUUUUUUUCACAUUGAUAUUGGGAAUUUUUGCCCGGUUUUGAUGGGGUUUGAAGGAAUUUGAUGCUUGUUAUGCCUGGUUUAAGCAAGAAAGGCAAUUUAGUUUCCUGAAAAGCAUUUAUUUUCUUUUGUUAGGAGCAGCUAUUCUCCUUUGAUUUUUCAUAUAGCUUUUGUCUUUCAUUGGUCAUACAUUGAUUCUGAAUUGCUUUAAGUCUUGCCCUGUUACAAUUAAUGAUCCAUGAUGUAUUAGUCUCACUUAAAUUCUAUCUCUUUGGCAAGAAAUAAAAAAAAAAAAAAAGAUCAAAAGGGAUCUUGUGUUCUUGUACUACUAUUAUGUCCUUGUGUGUCUUGAUAAGCUUUGUCAUUCUUCAACUAUUUCUGAAAAGGCUAAAUUGCAACAGUAUGUGAUAUUCCAAAAUCUCUGCAUAUACAAGAAACAUUGGAGAAAUUGAAAUUUUGUGAUCAUCACAAGGAAUUGCCAAGCAGAUCUCUCAAAAAAUUUUUGAUGUAAUUAUGAAAUGAAACUUUUUUUGAUUGCAAGAUAAUUUUUAAAAUUUUUAUGAUUAUAAUUUGUUAUACAAUGAUCAACAAACCUUAGAGAAAAUAUGAGAAAAGACCCGCAUCUGUGACCAAGUUUAUUAUAUGAAACUACCUAUGGAUCAUGAAUUUUAUUACUCCAAAAUUAUAUCCCUUGUAGAUGCUUAAAAACUUCUAACUGAUAGCAGGCACACUGGAUGACACUCCCAAGCAAGGGUGGAAACAGAUUUAACAGGAGGUGUGGAGAAUCAUUUCUCACACUCAAUUUUUUAAAUGUUUUUUAUAAAAGAAAUUUUAUUUUAUUUAUUUUUCUUACUAUAAAGGUCAAACAUUCACACAUGCACGAGUGGUCUUCAUUGCAAGAGGUUGUUGGAAGUUGCGUACCAAACAACAAUUGGUGCUUUGUUUGUCAGUCAGGACUUGGCAAUACAUAGGCUUUGAUUGUAGAAGUUGAUUUUGAUUACCCUUUCUCUGACAAGUUAUUAAUAAAAAAUUUAUACUGACAAAUUAGCUAAAAGGAUUUAUAGACACACAAAAUAUGUUGUUCAAAUUUCUGUGCUCCUCUUGUACUUCAAUUAUGUUUUGUUGAAAAUUCUUUAUAACUAAGUAAGAACAAGGACAGCGAAGGUACUGUACUACUGGACUGUAAAUUUUCUCAAUCCACUUCCUUGUAUUGAAGAGAGAAUGUGUGUGCAAGUGUAUGAAAGUGAUUACCACUUAUAUUUCCCCUUUGCAACCCACUAUGAAGUGUGACCAGUUACAUAACUGACCAGUAUUUGCAUGUAUUUUGAUACAAAAUUUUACAAGUUUUUGUAUAUUUCAUUAAAUAUUAUUAAACAAUUUAUCCUAACUGCAAUAACUUCAGAUUUACAUAAAGAUUUGGAAGUGAUAUUUUAAAAGUUUGAUUGAUAAGGAUGUUAAAAGUAGUGUCUUCUGUACUCAAAACCUAACUGUGUGAUUAAAAAACAAUCAAAUGUCAUGUCCUUUUAAAUUGUGAACUGGCAUUUUGAUAUUUUAAACUUCAUAACCUUAAUUUGUGUGUGUAUAGACAUACUGUCCACAUUAAAAUUGGGAGUGAAGCCAUUACAGAACUAAACAUUUGUUUCUUGUCCACCAUUGGUUAUUAUAAGUAUUUUGAAUUUGCA